AUGUCUGACGCCGAUAUUGAGGCCGUUCGACGGCUGCAGGCCGAGCGUAAUGCAGCUGCUGCUAGUAAAAAAGGUUCUAGGACCUUUGACUCAUCUAGUCAGCGCACUGACAACUCGACCAAGGCAUCCCUGACUGAAUCCUUCGACACAACCCUGUACGAUCGAAACGGAUCUGACAAAUUUGCUGGCUACGAGACAUCUAUUGCGGUAAAUGGCGACGAUGAGGACGACGACAUGGAAGACGCCAAUGGCGGUCACCGCUUAGUCGGACAGUACACUGCUACCCGAAGCCAAAUCGAUGAGAUGGCGCAAGGAAACGGUGUGGAAGAAGAAGAUAUUUUACUUGGUCGUGAGAAAGCCGCCCGUAUCUCUGAUCGAGAAACUGAUUACCAGAAGCGACGGUUCAAUCGCGGCGGUCUCACACCCACACGUGCCGAUCCUUUUGCUGCCAAUGCUGACGGUCAGGAUGGAAAAGACGGCCAGACAUACCGGGAGGUCAUGGCGCUCCGGGAGCUUGAGAAAGAGGAGGAACGCGUGCAGAAACUCAUUGCUGAAAAGCGGGACCAAGGCCAGGACAUGGCCGCCGAAGAACAUCAACCUUCACUGAAAGCCACACAAGACGACACUCCAAUGCCCGAUUCUGGCGCCACUGCUGAAGCUGGCAAGAAGCGAAAGAAGCGGUGGGAUGUCGGCGCCCCAGAGAACGAGACCUCUGAAGAAACCAAGCCGGUCGAAGUCAAGACCAAGCGCUCUCGUUGGGAUGAGGCUCCCGCUCCCGGUGCCCCCGAAGAACCUAAGCGUCGAUCGAGAUGGGAUCUGGCCCCCGCGGCCACACCUGUUGGCAACCAAGGGCUCGCGACACCUAUGCAUCCGUCUCAGGCGGCCGGCGGCGCGGCAGCAGGCUUUGGAGCUGACCCAGCUAUACGGGCUGGAGACUGGACCGAUGAAGAGCUUGACAUGAUGCUGCCCACUGAAGGCUACAAGAUUCUGGAACCCCCUCCCGGAUACGCCCCUGUUCGGAAUGUUGCACGCAAGAUGAUGGCGACACCGGUGCCAUUGGCCGGCGCCGCAGGAGUUGGUGGUUUUAUGAUGCAGGAACCAGAAAAUGCUCGAUCUAUGGGUAAGGACCUGCCGACCGAUAUUCCUGGUGUUGGUGACUUGCAGUUCUUCAAGCCCGAGGAUAUGGCAUACUUCGGUAAGCUCAUGGAAGCUGGAGAUGAGAGUACCAUGACAGUGGAAGAGAUGAAGGAGCGCAAAAUCAUGAGACUGCUGUUGAAAGUCAAGAACGGCACACCUCCCAUGCGCAAGACUGCGCUGCGUCAGCUUACUGAUAAUGCGCGAAACUUUGGAGCCGGCGCACUUUUCAAUCAGAUUUUGCCUCUGCUGAUGGAGAAGUCGUUGGAAGAUCAAGAGCGCCACUUGCUGGUCAAAGUCAUCGACCGUGUUCUGUACAAGCUUGACGACCUUGUGCGCCCCUAUGUGCACAAGAUCCUGGUUGUGAUUGAGCCCUUGCUCAUUGAUCAAGACUACUAUGCUCGUGUUGAGGGCCGAGAGAUUAUUUCCAAUCUUUCCAAGGCUGCCGGUCUUGCCACAAUGAUCAGUACUAUGCGUCCUGAUAUCGACCACGUGGACGAAUACGUACGAAAUACCACCGCACGAGCUUUCGCGGUUGUAGCCUCUGCUCUCGGAAUUCCGGCGCUUCUGCCUUUCCUACGAGCAGUGUGCCGCAGUAAGAAAUCCUGGCAGGCUCGUCACACGGGUGUGAAGAUCGUCCAACAGAUUCCCAUCUUGAUGGGGUGCGCCAUUCUUCCUCACCUGAAGGGACUCGUCGACUGUAUUUCCGACAAUCUCAGCGACGAGCAGGCCAAGGUGCGUACAGUCACUGCAUUGGCUGUGGCCGCGUUGGCUGAGGCCGCCAACCCUUAUGGUAUUGAGAGCUUCGACGAGAUUCUGAACCCUCUUUGGACCGGCGCCCGCAAGCAGCGGGGCAAGGGUCUUGCUGCGUUCCUGAAAGCUGUGGGCUACAUCAUUCCACUUAUGGACGAAGAAUAUGCCAACUACUACACCAGUCAGAUUAUGGAGAUUCUGCUUCGAGAGUUCUCUUCGCCAGAUGAGGAAAUGAAGAAGGUCGUUCUCAAAGUCGUGUCGCAGUGCUCCAGCACCGAUGGUGUGACGGCUAACUACCUUAAGGAACAUGUCUUGACCGAUUUCUUCAAGAGCUUCUGGGUCCGCCGCAUGGCUCUGGAUCGAAGAAAUUACCGUCAGGUCGUUGAUACUACCGUGGACCUCGGCCAAAAGGUCGGUGUUGGGGAGAUCCUUGAGCGCAUUGUCAACAAUUUGAAGGAUGAGAGUGAACCCUACCGUAAGAUGACCGUUGAGACGAUUGAAAAGUUGGUCGCCUCGCUCGGAGCGGCCGACAUCUCGGAGCGUUUGGAGGAACGGCUCAUUGACGGUGUGCUCUUCGCUUUCCAGGAGCAAAGCAUUGAAGACAUUGUGAUUUUGAACGGGUUUGGCACAGUCGUGAAUGCGCUCAGCACUCGAUGCAAGCCAUACCUGCCUCAGAUCGUGUCUACCAUCCUUUGGCGGCUGAACAACAAGUCUGCGACGGUGCGUCAACAGGCCGCCGAUCUCAUCUCCCGCAUCGCAAUGGUCAUGAAGCAAUGCGGUGAAGACGCUCUCAUGGGGAAGCUGGGUAUUGUCCUGUAUGAGUAUCUUGGAGAAGAGUACCCUGAAGUCCUAGGAUCUAUUCUAGGUGCUCUGCGGUCCAUUGUGACCGUGGUGGGUAUCAACCAAAUGCAGCCGCCCAUUCGUGACCUUUUGCCCCGUCUGACGCCCAUCUUGCGUAACCGACACGAGAAGGUGCAGGAGAACACCAUUGACCUUGUCGGUCGAAUCGCAGACCGUGGCCCGGAAUCGGUGAAUGCUCGAGAGUGGAUGCGUAUUUGCUUCGAGCUGCUGGAUAUGCUCAAGGCUCACAAGAAGGGUAUUCGCCGCGCGGCCAACAACACUUUUGGUUUCAUUGCCAAGGCCAUCGGUCCUCAAGAUGUGCUGGCCACUCUCCUCAACAACUUGCGUGUUCAAGAACGUCAGUCUCGCGUGUGCACGGCGGUUGCCAUUGGUAUUGUUGCCGAAACAUGCGCCCCCUUCACGGUGCUCCCGGCGUUGAUGAACGAAUAUCGGGUUCCCGAACUCAACGUGCAAAACGGUGUUCUCAAGGCCAUGUCCUUCCUUUUCGAGUACAUUGGUGAGAUGGCCAAGGACUACGUGUACGCGGUGACGCCUUUGCUCGAGGAUGCUCUGAUCGACCGUGACCAGGUUCACCGACAGACCGCCGCAAGUGUGGUUAAGCACAUUGCCCUCGGCGUCGUUGGCCUAGGCUGUGAGGAUGCCAUGGUGCACCUGUUGAACUUGGUCUUCCCCAACAUCUUCGAAACCAGUCCUCAUGUCAUUGAUCGUAUCAUCGAGGCAAUCGACGCUAUUCGUAUGGCUGUUGGCACGGGAACUGUCAUGAAUUACGUCUGGGCCGGACUCUUCCACCCUGCUCGCAAGGUGCGCACUCCUUACUGGCGACUCUACAACGAUGCCUACGUCCAAGCGGCGGAUUCGAUGGUCCCUUACUAUCCGGACCUGAAAGCCGACGGCUUGGACCGCUCAGAGUUGGACAUUAUUGUGUGA